AUGCCGAAGCUUACAGGUUAUUUUAAACCUGUAGGCCAGGAUGAGGAGGAAGGACAGAUGAAGUUCUUGUACCGAGCGGUAGCGGUGCCGGCCGCGCGGCCUCGGAGACAAGUAGGCCGUCUGGUUCUGAUAGCCGUGGACUGUGACAAGUUCUCCGUGAACAGCUCGUCACAGACUGCAUUCGAUAUCGCCAAGUUCUGGGGCCACAGACACAUCUCCAACCUGCUGGGCCAUACUGAUGACAGGUGCCAGCGGGUGCUGCCGGGGGCUGACCUCCACCAGCAGGAGAACUACUUCAGCAGAGAGACGCUGGACCGGCUCAGUGCCAAGAGGACCGACAAGGGAUGGCUGGAGGAUAAACAGAGCGACCCAAACACAGUCUACCUCCUGUUCUCCAACUGCAGCCCCAUGGUCAGCAGCCCACUGGAGGACCACAAUGCAGGGGGUGAGAACCAGCUGUGUCGGUUCAGAUAUGAGACAGUUAAAGAUCUUCUCCAGAAACAUGCCACUGUGCUCAUCUUCCUGGGGGUGGAGAGGAGGAAGAAGCCCUCCUCUCAGACAGUGGAUGGUGUCCGGGAGCCUCCUGCUUGGUUUGCCAUCAACACUGACGAAGACACUGCUGAACUUCUAAAACGCUGCAGAGAAAAGAACUGCUGCUUCCCAAAGACGCUCAACAGAGACCUGCUGAAGUUCAGCGAGGAAGAGGCAGGAGUUGUGGCUCAAGCUCGAUCGGUGUUGGCCUGGCACAGCCGCUACAGCUUCUGUCCGACAUGUGGCAGCAGCACCCGGUCGAAGGAGGGAGGAUACAAGAGGAGCUGCCUGAACUCAGACUGCAGGAGCCUCAAGGGGGUUCAUAACACCUGCUACCCACGCGUCGACCCAGUGGUCAUCAUGCUGGUGAUCCACCCUGAUGGAAACCAGUGUUUACUGGGAAGAAAGACGAUUUUCCCUGUGGGCAUGUUCUCCUGUCUGGCUGGAUUCAUAGAGCCUGGGGAGACGCUGGAGGAGGCGGUGAGGAGGGAAGUUGAGGAGGAGAGCGGAGUGAAGGUCGGGCCCGUUCAGUACAUCUCCUGCCAGCCCUGGCCGAUGCCCUCCAGUCUCAUGAUUGGCUGCCUGUCUGUUGCCAUAUCGACUGACAUCAAAGUGGACGAGAAAGAGAUCGAGGAAGCUCGGUGGUUUCCACGGCAACAGGUGAUUGACUCUUUCAGAGGAACCCGUCCAGCCUUCACUGUUCCUCCCAGGCAGACCAUUGCCCACCAGCUGGUCCGACACUGGAUCGGCAUGAUUUCUAACCUCUAACCUCCAUCCUUUAGCGCUGAAACUCCAGAGCAUAAGGUGGAUCUAUGAACCAGCAGCUGUCAGAACUGUUGCUACUCUAUUACGACAAACCAGGAACACUACCGCUGAGGUAACAGCCAGAUUCUGAGGGCUGUACAGGACACAGUAUGUUAAUGUGGUUUGUUUUCACCAUUAAGUCCAAAUCAUUGAAACGCACCGCUCCUAUGUGGAGAACUGUAGUCUGUACAUCACUUGCAGAUAAAGGCGAAGACAGAACUUUUCAAGAUGGAAAAGAUGAUCAACAAUAAACCUUUAGAUUUCCGAUUCUCAGCUUUGAGCUUAGACUCAGGAUGUGAUGAUGGAAUGUAACGCAACUGUACAAAGUUAAGGACACUUUUGCAAAACAUUUUAAUCUAUAAUUAGACAAAAACAGCGAUACUGGGAUAUAAAACUAUUCCGAUUAAUUUAACAGGGUUAAUUGAGCAAUCUGUAAAGAUUUGUAAUUGCAUACAAACGUUGCCAAUUUAUUUUGUAUUGGUUUUUCAGUUGAAUUAUACUUAAAGUUCAUGCUGUUCACAUUUUUUUUCAAUAAAUGGAUUUUUUCAAAGUAAA